GAGCGGACCCAUCGAGUAGAGCGAGUGUGGGAAUAGUCCUGCUGGGGAAAAUCCGGUUCCAAAUUCAACCCAGUCCAGUCCAGUUCAAGUCCCAAGUCCGAGUCCGAGAAAAGAAUCAAUCAAUCCUUCCUUAUUUCUUCCUCUCCGCCAAGCAAAUCAUCCUAUAGACUUCCCUCCAACAUGCAUAUAUUGCUGGUCAACGACGACGGACCGCCGUCCCGCCGACUGUCGCCAUACAUCGAGCCACUAGUGACGGCGCUCGAGUCCGCCGGCCACCGCAUCUCCGUGGCCAUUCCCGCCGCCUCCCGCUCCUGGAUCGGCAAGGCACAUUUGAUCGAAGCCUCUCUGAAAGCCACCUACGUGCCUUUACCCGCCUUUCGCGGCGACGGCACCUGGGACGAGUCCUACCCCGACAACCACAAUGACCCCUCCACCUCCCGCGACUGGGUGGUCAUCACCAACGGCACCCCCGCCAGCUGCGUCCAACUCGGCCUCCACAACCUCUUCACCGACCGCGGUCCCAUCGACCUGGUGAUCUCGGGCCCCAACCAUGGCCGCAACGCCUCCACCAUCUACAAUCUCUCGUCCGGAACCGUCGGCGGCGCCCUGGAGGCCGCCACGUGCGGUAAACGCGGAAUCGCCAUCUCCUUCGGCAGCAAAGACGAACAACCCCUCGAUAUCAUCCACGCGGCGGCUCGUCUCGCCGUCCGCGUCGUCAACCAUCUCAUCCGCAACUGGGAUGAUCAGGUCGAACUCUAUAAUGUGAAUGUGCCGAUGCGCGCCGAUGUCGAGUCGAGACCGGUGCUUUGGACCCGUACGUAUCCGUAUUAUUGGGCCAGGGGGUACUUGUACUCGGAGGUGUCGGGGGAUAAGGCCCCGGUUUUGACGAAUGGUACUACAACUUCGACUACUGGUGAAGAAACCAAUGGUGAAAUCAACGGUACCACCCGGUCCAAGACAUCGAGUAAACGCACCGGCCUCAAACAGCGGGACUUCGCCUGGGCCGCCGAAUUAUCCGAUAUGAAGAAGGCAUUGCAGGAGAGUCCGGAGGGAACGGAUGCGCAUACCGUGUUGAGUGGAAAUACUAGUGUAACCGCCCUCCGCGCCAACUUCUGGCACGUCCCUGGCCUCGAAGGCCAAUUGCACUUGGAUGAUGCAUGAACAUGAUGCAUGAUGACCGACUAGAUACCUAACUGAUUGGAUGCAUGGAAUUGGCUUGAUGGUUGGAUGAUUCGUAUAUGUGAUCAGGAUCUGUCCUACUACUACUACCUAGAUACCCGCAAAGGUUCUGUUUUGCUGCCUUAGGUGGCUUGAAUUUGGAUUUAUGAUUUGACUUGAUUUUCCUUUGGAUUGUGUAUGGCAAGUGGGUGGGGUAGGGAGGGAG